AUGGAGCUGAAGGAGCUGAGUUGUGCUAAUUCACAAUGGCCUUUGAUGACGUCACACUACUCCAGUGACGUCACGAACGGCGUGCAGUAUGAGGAGUUCGAGCUAGAAGCCUCCAAGAUCAAUAAUCUGAAAUAUGCAGGGGUUGACGAUACGAUGGAAGAAGGCUACGAGAGAGAGAAACCUCCUCUACGAAAGAUUGACCAGUACCUUCCGCCCGACUGCCCUUGUUGCAACAUCACAAAGCGGUUUACUAUGGCUAUCUUAGCCAGCAUAGGUUUUCUCAUAUCAUUUGGCAUCAGAUGCAACAUGGGCGUCGCGGUGGUCGAGAUGACGUCAAACCAGACGCUUACUGGGAAGAGAGAAAUUGACUGGAGCGACGACAUUGUGGGCGUGGUCGACUCCUCCUUCUUCUGGGGUUACAUCAUCACACAGGUGCCGGGCGGUCUGAUCGCCUCGCGUUUCCCUGCACACCGAGUGUUCGGAACGGCCAUCGCGACUUCGUCUCUCCUAAACAUGCUUAUCCCGGGCGCCUCGAGACUCCACCCCGUCGCCGUUAUCUCCGUCAGGGUGCUUCAGGGGCUUGUCGAGGGCGUCACGUACCCGGCCUGCCACGGCAUCUGGAGGAACUGGGCACCGCCUCUGGAGCGCUCUCGCCUCGCCACCCUGGCCUUCUGCGGGAGUUACGCCGGGGCAGUGCUGGGGAUGCCCCUUUCCGCCUGGCUCACGCAGGGCAUAGGGUGGCCGGCGCCCUUCUAUGUCUAUGGUAUGGUAGGCGUAGGCUGGUACGUGUUCUGGUACUGGUUAGCGUUCGAGAAGCCAGCGACCCAUCCAACGAUUUCAGCAAGGGAACAGGUUUACAUCGAAGAGAGCCUCGGAAAACAGCAAACGUCGCAGCCCACCUUCGCCACGACCCCCUGGCUGGCCUUCGCGACCUCCCUGCCGGUGUGGGCGAUCAUCGUGGCCAACAUCGCCAGGUCGUGGACGUUCUACCUGCUCAUCAUCUCGCAGCCGACGUACUUCAAGGAGGUCUUCAAGUACGACAUCGCUAAGAGCGGCACCGUGUCCGCCCUGCCCCAUCUGGUGAUGACGAUCGUCGUGCCCUUCGGCGGUCAGCUGGCCGACUACUUCCGAAAGAACAACAUCCUGUCGACGACCAACGUGCGGAAGGUCUUCAACUGCGGCGGCUUCGGGAUGGAGGCCGUGUUCCUCCUCGUCGUCGCCUUCACGAGGGACACGACCAUCGCCAUCACUUCGCUCACCCUGGCCGUGGGCUUCUCUGGCUUCGCUAUAUCGGGUGAGUGGACCGACUUGGAUCUCUGGCUUUCCUUCCGACGGCGGCAGGAGACCAAGGAUAUGCUUAUAGGGCCUAGGAUGGGGAGGAAGAGGAGGCGGGAGGGGGAGUUAGAGCUCUCGAGAUUAACGUCCGGAGAUCAAGCCUCUGGCAACCCCACAGAAACUGACUCUUUGUCUUUGGGUCCUCGCCUUAUCAGCUAUGACAUCCACGCUUUUUCGGUGCAGGAGGAGGCGCCGCCCACGAGUGGCAGGACCGACGGCAGGGGGGAGGGUCCCGGCAUGAUCUGCCCCAUCAUCGUCGAGGAGUUCACCAAGCACUCGAGCGCGGCCGAGUGGCAGGUGGUGUUCGUCAUCGCCUCCGUCAUCCACUUCCUCGGCGUCACCUUCUACGCGAUCUUCGCCUCCGGGGAGCUGCAGCCGUGGGCCGAGCCGCCGCCGGAGGAGCAGGAGGAGCAGCAGUACGUCAAGCAGGAGACGCCGGGCCAGGCCAACGGGAAGCUGGCCACCUACGGCACGAUGGGCGGCGAGGGCGGCGGCGAGGUCCAGGCCUUCCCGCAGGAGGGCCAGGAGCCGCAGGGGGGCUUCGUGCAACAGCAGCAGCAGCAGACAUACCUCCAACAACAGCAGCAGUUCGGCCAGCAGUCUCAGCAGAUAUAUGGACAGCAGCAGCAGGCGGCCGAGCCCAGCGACUACGCCACCCAGAACCCGCACAACCCGUUCUCGUCGGCCGCCCCGCCGCCCACCAACCCCUUCAGCGCCGGCUUCACGCAGGAGGCGGUGCAGCCGACGUCCCAGCAGUACACUCAGGGCCAGUACUAA